AUGACUAUUACAGCAGCUGGAAGAUGUGGUAUAGGAACAGGAACACCAUCAGCACCAUUAAGUGUAUCAGGAACAGUAAGUAAUACUUUUAAUGCAGGUAGUCAGUUGUAUGCUAUUGGAUCAUCAACUGCGUAUACUACAUCUCAAUUAGGUCCAGUAACAGUAAGUGUUGCAGCUACCUUUGGUGGUCCAAUUCAAUGUAGUUCAAUCUACUGUACAUCUGAUCGUCGUUGCAAAGAGAACAUUGAAUUAUUAGAUACUACUUAUUGUGAUAAAUUUUAUGAUCUUGAUGUUUACACAUAUAAAUACCGUGGAUCUGAUGAGACAAUUCCAAAGAUUGGUUUUAUCAGAGCCCAAAUGAAUAUCGACUAUAGUAAGAUUACUGCUAUUAACUUUAUGAUGAUAAAGAAGUUACUUAAACGUAUAGAACAAUUAGAAUCUAAACUCUAA